AGCUUUUACAAUGAGAAAGCCUCUUUGUGCGCAUAACCUAUAUAAGAGAUUUCUGCUGCGGAUUCUUUCUUUGAAAUAAUGUCGGCUGAAUAUGAUAACAGAGACAAUGGCCCUGAAGGCAUGGAGCCAGAUGGGAUCAUUGAGAGCAAUUGGAACCAGAUUGUGGAUAGUUUUGAUGAGAUGAAUCUACGCGAGACCCUGCUCAGGGGAAUUUAUGCCUAUGGUUUUGAGAAACCUUCAGCUAUCCAGCAAAGGGCCAUUAUGCCUUGUAUCAAGGGUUACGAUGUGAUUGCUCAGGCCCAAUCUGGCACUGGGAAGACUGCCACCUUUGCCAUUUCCAUCCUUCAGCAGAUUGAUGUGGAGCUGAAAGGCACUCAGGCUCUGGUCUUGGCUCCCACUAGGGAGCUGGCUCAGCAGAUUCAGAAAGUGGUCCUUGCCCUGGGUGAUUACAUGGGAGCCAGCUGCUAUGCCUGCAUUGGAGGGACCAACAUCCGCAGUGAGGUCCAGAAACUGCAGGCUGAAGCCCCACACAUCGUGGUGGGAACUCCCGGACGUGUCUUUGACAUGCUAACUCGCAAAAACCUUUCUUCUAAAUACAUCAAAAUGUUUGUGUUGGAUGAGGCUGAUGAGAUGCUUAGUCGAGGAUUCAAGGAUCAGAUCUACGAGAUCUUCCAGAAGCUGUCGAGCAACAUCCAGGUUGUCCUGCUGUCCGCCACCAUGCCCGCCGAUGUCUUGGAGGUCACAAAGAAGUUUAUGCGUGAGCCUAUCAGAAUCCUCGUGAAGAAGGAGGAGCUGACACUUGAGGGCAUCCGCCAGUUUUACAUAAAUGUGGAAAAAGAGGAAUGGAAGCUGGAUACCCUGUGUGACUUGUACGAAACCUUGACCAUCACACAAGCUGUGAUCUUCAUCAACACAAGGAGAAAAGUGGACUGGCUUACUGAGAAGAUGCAUGCCAGAGACUUCACAGUUUCUGCUCUGCACGGAGACAUGGACCAGAAAGAGAGAGACCUGAUCAUGAGGGAGUUCCGCUCGGGCUCCAGUCGAGUCCUUAUUACCACUGACCUGUUGGCCAGAGGUAUUGAUGUUCAGCAGGUUUCCCUUGUCAUCAACUACGACCUGCCAACCAACAGGGAAAACUACAUCCACAGGAUCGGUCGGGGAGGUCGUUUCGGCAGAAAGGGAGUAGCCAUUAACAUGAUAACCGAGGAUGACAAGCGAACACUGAGGGACAUUGAGACAUUCUACAACACCACCGUGGAGGAGAUGCCCAUGAACGUGGCCGAUCUUAUCUAGAAGACUCCCCGCUUCUGUUUGUCCACCCAUAUCCGAUUGUUUUAGAAGUAAAAGCUUGUUUCCUACAAUACAAAUACUAAAAACUUCCUUUUUCUAAAUUCCACCCUGAAUUUACUCUUUCAGCAUUUGACAUGAUUUUGGAAGAAUAACUUGCUGACCCGCUCCAUCUGCCAUUGUCUUUUAUCGACCCUGAAAUUUUCCCAGCGGUUAAAUACUCUGCUUCACGCCAGAACUGUUUCCAAAAGCACAUUUAAAGUCCAGUGAUGACAUUAUACUUGCUGAUUGUUGGCAAAGAGACACUGUUGAUUUGAAGCUUGUGUGAGGUUUGACUGUUGCAGCGUCGGUCGGCUGACCCGAGCGGUCCGGACUCGACGGUGUUCUGAAUGAACAGCGGUGUGAUUGACUAGCUCAGUAUUUAAACAAUCUUCAGUGUAUUUGCACAACGUUCAUCGCACGCCCACGGUCAUGUUUACAGCAGUUUUUGGGUUCUGGAAGUAAACGGGACAUGAUCAAUAAAAUGAGCUGUACAGUGGCUGACAAAUUUGA